AUGGCUCCAAAGACGAUCUUUCUAGUGGGAAGUCCAUUGCCCAGCAGUCUAGAUUGGGAAAAUGAUGAACUUCUUGACACCUCCCUGCCGCCAUUUGAAGAUCCCGAAAUCCCUGACCACAAAUUGAACUUGAACCACUGUCUGCAGACAUCGAUUGGGCCAGACCCGCCCUCUGUGAAAUGGAGAAUUCUCCAACCUCUGCCAAGCUGCCAGCCAGACCACUUUCAUACUACUUUCUAUUACGGACCAGAAGACCCAACCUUUUGGACGACGAACCAACUAGUCACCACUGGUGACAUAUCAACAGAUGGAGAUUCGGUUUUAUCAGAAUUCUACAAUCAUUCGUUUGUCGUCCACGAAGCCUCCGAGGUCAAUGUCUCCGAACUCGAAUACAUUACUCAGGAAAGCGGGACAGCCUCGAACAGCAUGGUCUCCGCUAUCAGUUCACAAGGAGAGAAAGAAGAGGACGACGCAGCUAGACUACAAACAUCGUUCAGAAUGAGUGGUCCAAUCUGCAACCUGCAGGACAUUCCUACAGCAACCUACCUCGAAUCAAUCGUUCCGCAAACUAUGACGGUGAAUCUAAUCGUGGGCAUCAUUGCGAUACAACCACCACGUCGUGUGGUGACACGACAGUGGAAGACCGAAUUCGACAUCAUUGAGAUGGUUGUUGGAGACGAAACGAGGACGGGGUUUGGGGUUAACAUUUGGCUUCCCCCCGGAGCGGAGCGCGGUGGCUGCCAAGACCAAGCAGAUCGAUCACCUUGGGCGAUCGCUGGCCAUGCUUCGACCUCAAGAUAUCAUCUUACUUCGGACAGUAGGGUUAAGUUCGUUCCAGAACCGGGUUUAUGGACAAACCUUACGGGGAGGAAUGACCCAAGUUGA